UCGCUUGAAUUGCGGCACCAGUUUGUGGUAAUCUUUGCUGUGAUCGCAACGUGUGGAGGUUAUGUGCACGUCUUUCAGUUUAUUCUAAUAUCUUUGGAACUCGUCAAGAUACGAUCGGUUUUAUACGCGAAUCGGUUACAGUUUACCAGAAGGAAACGUAAAUGAAGAAGGUAAAAUGAUGCAAGAUGAGCAUCUUGGUGGUCCAGCGAGACGAAAUGUUUUCAGUCAAGCAGUUGGCAGGAUAUCACAGUUAUAUCAAAGAUAUCUGGACCUAUGGACUCCUCAUGUAGUGUCUAGGUGGAUAUUUGCUUUGUUGCUAACAUUUAUUUUUAUUCUGCGCAUAUUUCUUGCACAAGGAUGGUAUAUUGUUACAUAUGCAUUAGGAAUUUAUCACUUGAAUUUAUUUAUAGCAUUCCUUACUCCUAAAAUCGAUCCAGCUGUGGAUUUUGACGAUGGAGACGGGCCAGAAUUACCUACAAGAUCUAAUGAAGAAUUUAGGCCGUUUAUUAGGAGAUUACCCGAAUUUAAAUUCUGGUAUUCUGUGACGAAAUCUACAAUUAUAGCUAUGAUAUGCACUAUGUUUGAUUGCUUCGAUAUACCAGUAUUCUGGCCAAUAUUAGUUAUGUAUUUCAUAACGUUAUUUUGCAUAACAAUGAAGCGUCAAAUCAAGCAUAUGGUCAAAUAUAGAUACCUACCCUUCACUCAUGGAAAACCAAAGUACCAGAAUCACGAGGAUACUUCGAGGUUAAUACCUUCAAAGUGAAUAGGUGUGAAGUAUGUUUGUUGAUGGAGGUGCAUAAAUGUGUAGAUUUCUAUUUUCCCAAUACCAUGAGGAAAACAAAUCUUUGAAUAAUGAAAGCAGUCAAACUCAUUUUUCCAAUGACAUUACAUACGGAAUAAGAUCAUUUCCUUGUACGAGAAAAGGUUUACUCUGUGAAAGGUGUAAUACUAAAAGUAUAAUGUUAUAUGGUAUUUAAACUGAAUUGUCGUAAUAUAUUUGUAUCAUAAAACUUGUACAAAGUAUUGUUAGGUCUUACAUAAACGUGGACACAGUAACAAUAUCAACAGUACGGAGUUGUUAAUGUAAUAUUAACUUAUUACUGAAUGUAAAGAAGUAAUUCAUAUACAUAACAUUCGUAAUACAAUCACUAAUUCAUUUCUUAAUCUCAGUAGUACCGUUUCUGCUUUUUAAUGCUUUUGGUUCUUUUGUUACGAACAUUCCACUUAUAGGAUUUCACGUCUUGAUUUUUGUUUCACAGUUUUUCUACAUAGUUUUAUUUAAAUUUUCAUUUUUAUGCUUAAUGACAAUCGAGAACCGUAGCUCCUCACUAGUCUUAUCUUGCAAAAAGAUUAACAUACGAUUAUCAAAUUAAAGAAUUUUUUUAUCUAACAAAUUAUAUCGUAGAACUAAAAUCGGGAUUUAUUCGAAUGCAUAUGUUGUGCCGUAAUCGACGGCAUUUAGCCAUAUCCAUUGAUCAGUUUUAUUACCAUGGAACAAUUUAGUUCAAUUUAGUUCGGUAUAAGGUUCAGACUUGGGGUCUGAAGUAAAAGUGUGUUCUUAUGUCAGCACCUCACGAAUAUAUUCAAUGAAGCAAGCGCGGUGAGUGUGUGUUUUAUCAAAGAUAUAGGCUUAUUAAAAUGGUAGGUUAAAACGACGAUACAUCGAAUGAUACAUACCAUUUAAAAUUCUUCAUUAAUCUGCCUCUAUAUAAAUUUGUACAUAUGAAUUUAUUUAAUAAAUAACUUUCAUGGGUCGCUGACGCAAAGUAAAAUAAAUACUAGUUUGUAAAUGCUAUUAAGGGGUGACUCUUAAAGUCCAAAGAUCAUCUGCUUAGUACACAUUUAAAAUAUUAUAUACAUUUU